AUGCCAGUCAGCCUUUGGCUCUGGCUUAAAGAUCGGCUGUCGCUUCGAACGGCUUUUAUUUCUUUUCGUCAUUUUUAUUCGGUUGUUUUUCCUGUCGAAUGGGGUCUAUCCCAAAGAAGUGUUCUUUCGGCCCCUAUCUACAUUAUUUACACGUCAGAUAUGGAUGAACAAGUUUUCUAUGACGUUGAUGAUGAUCAUUUUUAUGCCGACGACGGUUCUCUGGUCUUCUCCGUACCAUUUGGUCUACGUCCGCCAUCCGAUAGCCAGGAAACACCAUUCAUUUACUCAUGCCACUAUCUCCAAAUUCGUGCACAACGAGUACCCGAUAGAUUAGAAAUAUACUGUGCAUAUUGGAUGAUUGAGUUAAGCACAAAAAAAACAGUAGCAAUGAUGAAAUUAGUUGGAGCAGCCAGUCGUCCAGAUAGUGAAUAUACCGCAUUAUUAAAACGUACAGCUGAAUUAACAAGUCAAAGCUUUUUUAGAAAACAAAAUUAUCAAUGUGAAGCAAAAUUUGAUCAUGAAAAAGAACUUUACAAUUGA